UGGAGGAAACCAGCAGCAAUGGCGCUCAAACUGAUCUGGGUGCCAGCUGUUCUGAGUCUGCUCAUAAAAGAGAGUGACUCACAGCUGUCAGUAUGUGGUCAGCCCUCACUCAACACCAGGAUUGUUGGAGGAGCGGCAGCUCCAUCAGGCAGCUGGCCCUGGCAGGUCAGUCUGCACACCUCAUCUGUUCAUUUCUGUGGAGGAUCUCUGAUCAACGACCAGUGGGUGCUGAGUGCUGCUCAUUGCUUCCAAGGGAGCACUGGUUCCCCAUCUGCUUUGACAGUAUAUCUGGGUCGUCAGAGUCAGGAAGGAUCCAACCUAAAUGAAGUCAAUCGGACAGUAGCACAGAUCAUAAAUCACCCUGACUACAAUUCAGGAACUUCCAACAAUGACAUUGCUCUUCUGAAGCUUUCUAAACCAGUCAGUUUCACCAGUUAUAUCUCACCAGUCUGCCUAGCCGCCUCAGACAGCACCUUCUCCAGUGGGGUUAACACCUGGAUCACUGGCUGGGGCACCAUUGGAAGUGGAGUCCCUCUUCCGUCUCCUCAAAAUCUGAUGGAGGUGGAGGUGCCGGUUGUGGGGAACAGUCAGUGCGCGUCUAGCUACGGAGAGAGCAGCAUUACUGACAACAUGAUAUGUGCCGGGUUACUAGAGGGAGGCAAGGAUUCCUGUCAGGGGGAUUCAGGAGGUCCGAUGGUGAGCAAGCAGGGUGGCCGCUGGAUACAAGCAGGAAUUGUAAGUUUUGGAAGAGGAUGUGCUCUGCCAGAUUACCCAGGAGUCUACACCAGAGUAUCCCAGUAUGAGAGCUGGAUCAACGGUGUGAUCAACACCAACCAGCCUGGCUUCAUUAGCUUCACAUCCAGUGGGACUGGCGGUGACCUCAAUGCUACCACUAAAACUCCAACAACUCUGGCAACAUCAACUCCACCUGAACCUGUCUGUGGACAUGCUCCACUAGGUUCUCGUAUUUUUAAUGGAUCUUCAGUGGCGUCAGCUGGUGAGUGGCCGUGGAUGGCCAGCGUGCAGAAGAACAGCGAGCAUGUGUGUGGAGGAACGUUAGUGUCUAAGGACUCUGUGCUGACAGACGCCAGCUGCUUCUCAGGCUCCAUUAAUAUGUCUGAGUGGACAGUCGUGUUGGGUCGUCUACAUCAGAAUGGAUCUAAUCCAUUCGAGAGGUCGUUGAAAGUGGUAAAUAUCACUAUGAGCAACCAGACAGGGAACAACAUUGCAGUGCUUAAGCUGUCACCUCCACCCACCAUGACCAACUACAUCCAGCCCAUCUGCUUAAGCAACGGAAGAACAUUCUCAGUAGGAUCAGAAUGUUGGGCUGCCGGCUGGAGCUCUGGAAGAGGAGGAGAGCAACCUCUGUACCAGUUCCAGACGACAGUGUUAGAUUGUGGGAAUGGAUCAUCAACUGACAUCAUGUGCACCGAAUUAUUUACAAUGGAGCAGGGUGACUAUGGUGGUCCGCUCAUGUGCAGGGAAAACGAGACGUGGUUCCAGGCAGCCGUGUUAUCACUUAGAAACAACUCCAGCCCAGCUCAGCCCAUGAUGAUCUUUGACAAACUGGAUCGUUUUCAGUCCUUCCUGGAAGACAUGUCUCUGCUGACCCCUGGGUCUCUGCUGACCCCUGGAGCUACUGACAACAGCCGGAGCAUUUCCUACUCCCCCUUCUUCCUCCUAGGCCAUCUUCUUCUUUUUGCUUUAUCCUUCUAAGUCUUUACAUAGGAAACCUUUAUGCUGUCUGAUUACAGAGAUGUGGAACACGUAGAGAAAAACAGGUGGCGGGUUUUUAUUUUAGUCAAAUCUUCUCUCAGAUAACAUGGAGCUGGUUUCUGUUUUUGGUUAAUCGAUGCAGAUCUGAAGGAUCAGAAGCAUUUGGCAGCAAAUUUAAAGCUGGAAAUAUCUUCAUUUUAAUUUGUAGAAGAAACUAAAAGCAUAAAGUGAAAUAAUUUCAAAGCCCAAAACUUACAAAGUUGUGCAUCUUAAAAAAGACAAAAUACCAUCAUUGCAUCAGAUUAAAGAUUAACCAACAGGAAUCAACUCAUGAAGGAUAAAAGCUUUAAAUUAAAUCAGAUGCUUUAAUGUGUGACUUUUCUUUAACUAAAUAUUGUUAGAGAUUGUAAUCAUGUCUUGGUUUGUUUCUUUUUUCCUAAAACAUAUAACCUUUUAAUUAAUUGUUGAAUCUUAACCACAGGUUUCACAUAUUUAUACAUAUUUAGAGGAAUAAGAAAAGAGCAUUAAAUUAAACUUCUCAUUAUUUCCUGAUGGGUUCCGGUUGCUUAAUUUUUUUUCACUAAUUUGUGUCCAUUGUUAUCUUUUUUUCUCUUAACAGUUAAGCAUUCGAUGAAAUUAUAAUGAUCUGUGUUUAAAUAUGAAUCCUUCAAUUCAAAUCUCACUUAUAGUUAAUUUUAUAAGCAUUUAAUAGAAAACUAUCUAUUGUGGGUCUAAUCCAGUUUAAAAACACUUGACCCUUCUAGGUAAUUCUAUACAGGUUACUUUAAUUAAAUAUUAAAAAUGUAUAUUUUCUUUUACUGUGAGCAGCUUAUUUAAAAUCAAGUCUUAUCUGCUUCUUCUUUUUUAUCCUGAUAAAAGUAAUGAAAUCAAUGAUAUUAAAGCUGAAAAUAUCUGCAGUGGCAAAGGAGUAACCAGCUUCCUCUGCUGAGGAAUAUAAACUAGUUUAUUGAUUUAUAAAGCUCUACAGAAAGUCACAUUUAGAUUUGUGGCUCCAGCUACCCAACACAGAUGUGACUAAACAUUUCGUCUGUCAAUAAAACAGCAAAUGAAGAUGUGAGAAUAUGAAAUAUAGAUCUUUCAUGUAUAAAUUUUGCUGUUAAUACUCCUUAUUGACUGUAAACAAUUAACAUUUUCCUAUUAAACUUCUGAAUAAAAAGGUCCUUUCAGUUCCAUUAA